AUGACAGGCUCAUCUUCUCAAUUUCAGCAACUUGAAAAAUUGGGUGAGGGUACUUAUGCUACUGUGUACAAGGGAAGAAAUAGAGCCACAGGUGCUUUGGUGGCAUUAAAGGAAAUUAGUCUAGAUUCAGAAGAAGGUACACCAUCUACUGCCAUAAGAGAAAUUUCAUUAAUGAAAGAAUUGGACCAUGAGAAUAUUGUCACCUUGUAUGAUGUGAUUCACACUGAAAACAAGUUGACCCUAGUAUUUGAAUAUAUGGAUAAAGAUUUAAAGAAGUAUAUGGAAGUUCAUGGACAACAAGGGGCAUUGGACUUGAAAGUUGUUAAAUCUUUUAUGUUUCAAUUGUUGAAAGGAAUAAUGUUCUGCCAUGACAAUCGAGUUUUACAUCGUGACUUGAAACCACAAAAUUUGUUGAUUAACAACAAAGGUGAAUUGAAAUUGGGUGAUUUUGGUUUAGCUCGUGCUUUUGGUAUUCCAUUUAAUACCUUUUCGAAUGAGGUUGUUACUUUGUGGUAUAGGGCCCCGGACGUCUUGUUAGGAUCCAGAGCUUAUACGACCUCUAUUGAUAUUUGGUCUGCUGGAUGUAUCUUUGCCGAGAUGUGCACCGGCAAACCCUUGUUUCCUGGGACAGCAAAUGAAGACCAGUUGAUUAAAAUUUUUAGAUUAAUGGGUACUCCAAAUGAAAGGACCUGGCCAGGAAUAAGCCAGUACACUAAUUACAAGAAUAACUGGCAAAUAUUUGUUCCACAAGAUUUACGAUUAAUUGUUCCUAACCUUGACUCCAUGGGAUUGAAUUUAUUGCAGAGUUUAUUGCAAAUGAGACCAGAGUCAAGAAUAACUGCUAGACAGGCAUUACAGCAUCCCUGGUUUCAUGAGAUAACAAUGCCUAAUGCAGUACCACAGAAUUUAAAUGACCCUUACCAACAACAGCAACAUCAUCUGCAUCAACCUAUAAUUGAUCAACAAUACUAG